AUGGCCGCAAAAGGCGAGGGGCCUGCAAUCGGGAUUGAUUUGGGGACCACUUACUCAUGCGUGGGCGUGUGGCACCACGACCGCGUCGAGAUCAUAGCCAAUGAUCAAGGAAAUCGCACCACGCCAUCCUAUGUCGCUUUUGCCGACGGCGAGCGUCUCAUUGGCGAAGCCGCCAUUAACCAGGCCGGCAUGAAUCCCGCAAACACAGUCUUUGAUGCCAAGCGGCUGAUCGGGAGACGAUACAGUGACGCCUCUGUGCAAGCCGACAUAAAGCUGUGGCCUUUCAAGGUUGUCCCGGGCCCCACGGACAAGCCCAUGAUUGUAGUCUCCCACAAUGGGGAGGAGAAGCAGUUUCCCCCUGAGGAGAUAUCGUCCAUGGUACUAACCAAGAUGGCCGCCAUUGCCAACUCCUUUCUGGGCCCCACCCCUGUCCGGGAUGCAGUCAUCACUGUGCCCGCCUACUUUAGCAACUCUCAGAGACAGGCUACCAAGGAUGCCGGUGCCAUUGCCGGCCUCAAUGUCAUCCGCAUUAUCAAUGAGCCCACUGCUGCUGCCAUUGCCUAUGGCCUCAACUACAAGGGAGAGAAGAAGAAUGUGUUGGUCUUUGACUUAGGCGGUGGCACCUGCGAUGUCUCCAUCCUCACAAUAUCAAAGGGUACCUUUGAGGUGAGGGCCACUGCUGGCGACACCCACCUUGGCGGGGAGGAUUUCGACAACCGUAUUGUCGCUCACUUUGCCAAAGAGUUCAAGCGCAAGUACUAUAAGGACCUUUCCGAAAACCCACGGGCCCUACGGAGGCUGAGGACAGCUUGCGAGAGGGCGAAAAGGUUUCUUUCGACCAAUACUAAGACUACCGUGGACAUUGAGUGUCUGCACGAGGGAAUUGACUUCCACUCUAGCAUUACUCGUGCUAAAUUCGAGGAUCUCAACAUGGACCUGUUUGAAAAGUGCGUCGAGCCUGUCGAGAGUUGCAUGAGAGAUGCUGGGGUGGACAAGACUGCCAUCCAUGAUGUCGUUUUGGUUGGCGGCUCGACCAGGAUUCCCAAGGUUCAGAAGAUGCUGCAGUGUAUUUUCGAGGGAAAGGAGCUGUGCAGGAGCAUUAACCCGGAUGAGGCCGUUGCGUACGGGGCUGCCGUGCAGGCGGCCGUCCUAAGUGGCAUAGGGGAUGACAAUGUGCGGGACCUCGUAUUCCUCGACGUGACCCCUCUCUCCCUCGGAGUAAACACCACCGGAGAGGUCAUGUGCGUCGUGGUUCCACGGAACACGACUGUCCCCACCCAGAAGGAGCUUACAUUAAGCACGGGUACCGAUAACCAGACAUCUGUGCCUUUCAAGGUGUACGAGGGUGAGCGAGUGAGGUCAAAGGACAACAACCUGCUGGGGCAGUUCCAGCUGGAGGGAUUCCCAGCUGCUCCGCGGCUUGUGCCCAAGCUGGACGUGUGCUUCAAAAUUGAUGCCAACGGCAUACUCAGUGUGUCGGCCAAAGAGAGGUCGACGGGCAGAACAAACGGGAUGACUAUAACCAACGAAGAAGGGAGGUUGUCGAAAGAGGAGAUUAAUAGGACAGUGUGGGAUGCCGCGAGGCACAGGGGGGAGGAUGAUGAGUACAGGAGGAGGGUCAAAGCUAGGAACAACCUCGAGAAUUACGCUUAUAACGUGAGGAACACGGUCAGGGCUGCAGCCGAGCUGGCGGCGGCCGACAAGAGAAUGGUGGAGGAUGCGGCGGUGUCGGUUAUUCAGUGGGUGAGGGAGAUGAAUUGGAUGAAGGCUAGUGUGGAUGAGAUCAACCAUAGGAUGACGGAACUUGUGCGCAUUUGCAGCCCUAUCAUAAAAGUUGAUAUGGUGUCCUGA